AUGGAGCAGGAAAAUGGGGUUCCAAUUACUGAAUAUGAAGUAAAGGAUAUCAGAGAUUGCUUUCAUGAAUUGGGGCUAUCAGAUCUGAGGUCAUCUGGAUGUUUUUUAAUGUGGACAAAUGGGAAGAUCUGGUGCAAACUUGAUAGAGUAGUGGUGAAUCACUAUUGGCAUCAAGCUGGGUAUAAUGCACAGAAUUUUUUGAGUUUAGUUAAGGAGUGCUGGGAUAUUAAUAUUCGAGGAACUGAGAAAUACUAUUUUUUGAAGAGACUUCAAGCCCUUAAAAGACCUCUGAGGAUGCUGAAUGAUUUACACUACUCUCACAUAUCUACAAGAGCUGAAAAGGCUAACUCUGAGUUGUUGGAAUUGCAGCAGUUGUUACAUGACUCCCCUUUGGAUAAUGAAUUACAAAUGAAGAUGGUUGAUAAGAGAGCAGAAGCAAACAGACUGGCGGAAUCCAAUAGAUUGUUUAUGACACAGAUUGCCAAAUUUAAGUGUCUCAAGGAAUGUGAUAGAAACUCCUCUUUUUUCCAUGCGUUAAUGAGGAGUAAGAUUAAUAAAAAUCACAUUUCCUCAAUUAUCAUGGAAAAUGGCAACCAAGCCCAAUCGAUCUCUCAAGUAGUUGAAGAAUUUUUGAGAUUUUAUAAUCAGCUAUUGGGUGUUGAGUGCUCGGUAGAUAUGGUGGAUAGAGGUGACUAUUGCUCAGUAAAUCUGAUUAUGGAGUGCCUUACUAAAUUCACUGAUUCCUCGGGUUUGGCUUCCAACUGCUCAAAAUCCAACUUGUUUCAUGUUGGCGUAAAGGAUUAUGACUUGGAUGGUAUGAAGCAUAUUACUGGUUUUAAUGUUGGAGAAUUUCCUUUUCGGUAUCUUGGAAAUCCUCUUGCGGCUUCAUGGUUGAAUGCUAUGCACUAUUCCCCUCUUGUUGAUAGAAUUGCAAAAUUGUUUGCUGGGUGGCCUGGUCAUACCCUUUCCUAUGCUGGAAAAUUGGAGCUAAUCAAUUCUGUCAUUCAAGGGGUGGAGUGUUUUUGGCUUGCUAUUUUCCCUAUUCCAAAUAAUGUUCUUGAUCAUGUUAUGAAACCUCUGCAGGACCUUUCUUUGGGGAGGAAGGAAGAAGCCACUUGUAUCUUGGAAGGAGAUUUGUUUACCCAAAACUGA